CAAUUAUAUAUUUGCGAGGCUACCUUUUGGUGAAGAAUUCUGCAGAGAAGACGAUGUGUUGUAUAUAGUAUAUAUCCCCAGGGCCAGGGGGUAUUACGACCCGGUCAUUUAAAUGUGGGAGGGGUAAUGGCUGCUGCCCUCGUCUGCCGCCCACUCCCAUUCCCUUCUGUCCCUCUCCCGUCCAAGUCGUCCGAGCUAAAGCAACUCCUCCUUCUCUUCCUCCCUCAACGAUGCCAUCCUCCCAAGCCCAUCCAUGCCCGCGCCCUCCGCCUCGGCCUCAUCCAAGACUCCCAUCUCAUCUACCACCUCCUCGCCUCCUACUUCGACGCCGGCCACCCCUCGCACGCCUGCCUCCUCUUCCAUGCUGCCGACCAUCCACGGAACAUCUUCCAUUGGAAUGCCAUGAUCCGCGGCCUCGUCUCCGUCGACCAAACGGAAGAUGCCGUCCAAUUCUAUGCCACUAUGCGGCGGUGGGGCCCGUCUCCGGACAACUUCACAUUUCCUUUCGUUCUCAAGGCCUGUGCUAGGCUUCAAUUCCUUGAAGGUGGGACAAAGAUUCAUGCACACGUUAUAAAAACAGGGCAUCAGGUAGAUGUGUUUGUGAAGACCAGCUUGGUCUCCUUUUAUGCAAAAUGCGGCUUAUUGAAUACUGCGCACAAGUUGUUCGAGGAUAUGCCCGUGAGAAACGUUGUUUCUUGGACUUCGAUCAUUAGUGGUUAUAUUGGUGGUGGAAAGCUGGAAGAGGCGCUCAACAUGUUCAGAAGCUCGUUGGAUAUGGGUUUGGUGCCAGAUGGUUUCACUUUGGUCAGGAUACUGACUACUUGUUCCCAUUUAGGGGAUAUGGAGACUGGGGAAUGGAUACAUAGAUAUGCAGAGGACAAGGGCAUAGACAACAACGUGUUUGUUGCUACUUCACUAGUCAACAUGUAUGCUAAAUGUGGAAGCAUGGAGAAGGCUCGUGCUGUCUUUGACAAGAUGGUUGUGAAGGAUGUUGUGUCCUGGAGUGCAAUGAUCUGUGGGUAUUCCUCCAAUGGGCUUCCUCGAGAGGCUUUAGAGCUUUUCUUCAAAAUGCAGAAUACUAAUGUGAGACCGGAUUGCUAUACCAUGGUUGGAGUGCUUUCGGCUUGUGCCAGAUUAGGAGCCCUUGAACUAGGUCAACAGGCAAGCCAAUUAAUGGAUGCGAGUGACUUCCUUAUGAACCCAGUACUAGGGACAGCACUGAUUGAUAUGUAUGCCAAAUGUGGAAGUAUCGUUCGAGCUUGGAGUAUCUUUAAGAGGAUAAUGGAAAAAGACCUUAUAGUUUGGAAUGCAAUGAUAUCUGGUCUCGCCAUGACUGGCCAUGGGAAGCUCUCCUUUGGGCUUUUCGCUCAGACUGAGAAGCUGGGCAUUCAACCCGAUGGGAAUACUUUCAUAGGCCUUCUUUGCAGCUGUUCACACACUGGACUAGUGGAAGAUGGACGGCGGUACUUUGACAGCAUCAGUAGGGUUUACUGCUUGACACCUAGAGUUGAGCACUAUGGUUGUAUCGUUGAUCUAUUUUGCCGUGCUGGAUUGUUAAAUGAGGCUUAUCAAUUGAUAAAUGAGAUGCCUAUGGAGGCUAAUGCUGUUGUUUGGGGAGCUAUGCUGGGUGGCUGCAAGUUGCAUCGUGAUACCAAACUGGCCGAGCACGUGUUGAAGAAGCUUAUUGAGUUAGAGCCACAAAAUUCCGGGAAUUAUGUUCUGCUAUCUAAUAUAUACUCUACAACUGAGAGAUGGAAUGACUCUGCAAGACUAAGGUUGGUCAUGAAGGAGAAAGGAAUACAAAAGACACCUGGGUGUAGUUGGGUUGAGCUAAAAGGUGUGGUUCAUGAGUUCCAUGUAGGGGACAUAUCCCACCCACUGUCUAAUGAGAUUUACUCUAAGCUUGAUGAGUUGGGUAGGAAGUUAAAGCAAAGAGGGUACAUGCCAACAACAGAAGUGGUCUUGUUUGACAUAGAAGAGGAAGAGAAAGAGCAUUCACUUGGGCAUCAUAGUGAAAAACUGGCUAUUGCUUUUGGUCUGAUCAGUAUGGGACCAGAAGACACAAUCAGAGUAGUGAAGAACCUUCGUGUUUGUAACGAUUGUCAUGCAGCAAUAAAGCUCUUUUCAGACAUUACUAACCGUGAGAUUGUAGUUAGAGACAACAACAGAUUCCACUGUUUUAAAGAUGGCUCCUGUUCAUGUAAUGAUUAUUGGUGAACAAGAUCAUCAUAAUCUAAAACAAGGAUCAACAAACUUGGUAUACUUCAAGACAAGUGGAUUUUUGAGAUAUGCUCCAUUGAUAUUUUAAAAAGCAUAUGAGAACAACCAACCAGAGAGAAGAUAAUUUUUUACACAGGUUAGUCUUAUUCUGCAACCUUAUGUAAACUAAACCUAGGCAAUAUAUUUCUUCUUUUGCAUUAACUCCUUGUUGCAUAAAUGCAGUCCUAUCAUUUGUUAUUUCCUUUGUGUUUUUGUGUCAUUUACAUGCCACAUGGUUUUAGCUGCAAUUGCUAGAACUGCUGAAAGCACAUAUUUGUUCAAUUAACUUUUUGGACCACAGGCAUCUUACCAGUAUUAGUUGGGUAAUGGAGCAUAUGUUUUCUCUCAAAAAGCUGUAUCUUAACAAAAGGCAUCCUGUUACACCAGAAUAAAAUGUGGCAAAUCAACCAGGAGUAUGUUCAAACUGUUUCUUGGUCUUAUGACAGCCUACAACUGCUCAUGGCCAUCUUUUCCCCUACAUUUUUGCUUUUAGACAAUCCAUAUGUUUGACAAGUCUGAAUAAUUUUUUGCACAUCCCAAGUGCCCCGAACCUGUUCUAAAGUGAAUAUUUCCAUCUGUCAUCUAAACAUAGACUAGAAAAUUCCCUCUGUUCGCACUGUUGCAUCUUUCUUUUCUCCAUGUAUAGGGUUUUCAGGGUUCAAGGAUGCCCAUAAGCCUCUACCAGCUGAAUGUGCCUCUUCCUUCCAUCAAGAUCCUAUGCAUCCUAUGAUGAAGUAAGCCAUAGUGAUAAUAAAUAAGUCACCAAUCUCAUCUACAACUGAAAGUAUUAAACCUCAGGAAAGUUGCUGCACUGUCAUGUUAACAAUUUAGGAACAUGUUUUCCUCUGUGUUUUAGCGAGAGAUAUUCUUUUCCCCUUAACCCUGAAUCAUUAACACGGUGAGCCACACCUAACUAACACUGGGGCAUGUGUCCCACUUUCACAUGAAAUGUGCUACGAACAUGUUCAAGUGGACAAGAAAGUCAUGGUCAAUUUUAAGGGUAAUAUGCGGACUCCUCAUUCAUCUGUCACCAUGUGCUACCACAAUUGUAGCUUCUUUUGUGGAGAAUUGCUCCAACUCACCAAAAGUUAUUGGUCUGCACUGGGACUGUAUUUGAGAGUCCACGCUUGCUGGAUGAAGAUACAGCCAUGACAUACCAAAUCUACUCCCAUGAAAAUGGUACAUGAAUAAUUUUUUUCUUUUGUUGUUGCAAGAGAUCCAUUUAGGAGGAGAAAAUUUUGCAGAGGAAGACUUCGGGACAUUCAUAUGAACCCUUUCACACUGAAGUAGCACCAGCCAAUGGGACACAAUUACAGUCAAGGGACCUAGUCAACAGGAUGUAAAUUUUUUCUUUAAUUUAAUUUCUUUCAAAUAAAUUAUCUUGCUAGAAAUACUAAUUAUGAAUAUCUUUUUCUAACCCAGCCUAUUUUGUCGGUACCUAAAAUUCAGAUAAAUGGGAUUUAGGUACUACCUAUCUUUGUUUAGUACAUGGUAAGCUAAUCUUGAUGCAGGAAAUACGAAAUACUUCACACCUCAUAUCAAGUACGGAAGUGGUACCAGCUCAGUCAUAUUUUUGGUAAACGUUUCUUUAAUGCUUAAUUUUUGCUGUUGUAGAAGUAAUUGAUAAUCUAGUUUUGUCAGCAUAAGUUUUGGCUUUUUUUGGGCACUGCUACAUGAUUAAUCUACAAACUGAGAACAUAGCCUGACAGCUAUUUGGACAACAUUUUUUUGGUUGACAUGAAUAAAGAAAUAAAUCCACACACCGAGACUUUAGCCUGACAGCUAGCUUAAGAACAUUAAAUUUCAAAAUGAUUAAGAAAAUAUGCCAGAUCCAUCAACCCACUUCUUAGUUGUCACAAAGAUUUUUUAUAUGGAUGCACCUGAUACCACAUAAAAACAAGCUUUUUUGCAUUCUUAUAUUAAAGAUUCUCUGCUGACAAGAUGAUUUCGAGCUAUAAUUAACUAUAAACUAGAAAGGAAUCAAUUAGCUGUAGCUGACAAGCCUUGGUAUUAUAUAUUGCAUCUCUGUUUCUUAUAUAGGGAAAUCUGCAGCUCAGUAAUCAAAUGUGCUGAGAGAGAGAGAGAGAGAGAGA